UGAAGGUAUUCGUGAUUGAUCCUAACAAAGCUAUGGCGAAAGUUGAGAAAGUAAGUCUUCCACUAAGUUGUGCUAACUCAAAUCAUACCUGUUGGUCUGUGUAGGCUAUGCUUCGGGAACUCAGGGUAUGGCUCAGGCUGAGUGACUCGACUAAUAUCGUUCCGCUCCUUGGUUUCGCACGAGUUGGUAGUAUAUCACCAUUACCGGCUCUUGUUUCUAAAUGGAUGCCCUCUGGGACACUCUAUGUCUACCUGGAUAAAGAAACUCUUCCUGCUUCUGCGAAAGUCAAAUUGGUCAAGGGUGUUGCUGAGGGCCUCAAUGAUCUUCACUCGCAGAAUGUUGUUCACGGAGACCUUCACCCUGGAAACGUGCUGAUCGACGGUUCAGGGAAUCCAUGUCUCACAGAUUUUGGUCUUGCAACAGUCGUAGGGGAUUCAGAGCUGCAGUUGACCACGACAACCGCGGCAGGCAAUUUCAAUUCCAGAUGGCGUGCACCUGAAGUUAUCGGAAUCGACUGUGACCCUGGCAGACCAAAUUUCAAGAGUGAUAUCUAUUCUUUUGGUGGUGUGAUGUUCUUUGUGUGAUCCCUUCGUCUUUCUUUAGCUCCAUAUUGAGAUUUCUUGCACAGAUCUUCUCUGGAGAUAUACCAUGGUCAGAGAAGAAGUAUUCGCAUCAGAUCACCGUUGAGCUGUCGAGAAGAACCAUUCCCACGCGUCCUGAGAAUGUCCUUAACGACACAUGGAGCUUGAUUCAACGAUGUUGGUCUUG